AUGAAAAAAUUCUUUCGAAGCCUUUCACGUCAUCAUUUGAAAUUGGUUGCUUGCAAGCAACGAUCGUACUCGACAUCGUCGAGUUCUCUCCUCGGUGCCAACAAUAAUGAAAUUUACAUAUGGGGAUCGAUAGGAGAUGAGAAAAUUCUAAAACCAACGAAAUUAUUCACAAAUACGCCUUCAAAAUCAUAUUUUGGAGGAGAAAAGAUUGUAGAUAUAUGUUGCGGAUCCGAACAUGUAAUCUUUCUUUCUGAUGUUGGAAAUUUAUAUGCGUUAGGAAAUAAUCAAUAUGGACAAUGUGGACACAACCCAAAAGAAAUUCCAUUUGCAGCUGAGCCAACAAAAAUCGAAUUAAAACAUCCAAUCAAGAAAAUCUACAGUCUCAGAGAUUCAACCAUUGCAUUAGCGACUGAUGAAAAAACUCUCUAUGUUUUUGGACUUGAUGAUUCUUCUCAGCUUGGGUUGGGUUACAAUAGGACUGGUGUUGUUCACACUCCUCGUAUCAUUGAAACAAAUUCUCUUGAUAUUGAGAAAAUUCAUGACUUGUAUUGUGGUCCGAGGCAUACCUUCAUGAAAUGUAGAACAACAGAUGGAAUGCAAAAAUUAUUUUGUUGGGGACAAAAUCAAUUUUUUCAACUUCAACUUGGACACACAUUUAAUCAAAAUGAAAUAACGCAAGCUCUUUUACCAAAGGGUGUGAAAGGUUCAGAUGUUUUGGGAAUGAGUUGCGGAAUUUCACAUAGUAUUCUUUACACGAAAGACAAGGUUUACAGUGUUGGCAGAGGAAAUGAAGGUCAACUUGGAAUUCCUUCUAAAUAUUCGUCUGGAUGGCAGCUGGUAGAAAUGCCAGUUGACAAAAACAAUGUCAUUGAAAAAAUUUCAAGUGGAAUGACUCAUAGUAUUGUUGUGUUAUUCAAUACUGAUUCAUGUGAGCAAGAGAUUGUCGGGUGGGGAAGUCAUAUUUUCUUUUCUCCAACACCAACACCUCAACGAAUUCACUUUGAAAUCAACAAGACUGAAAAUUCUUCUGGAAAUCGAAUCACACUCCUCGAGAGUGGAUUUCAUCAUAGUUUCAUUCGAGUUGGGAAUGAACAUUUGUAUGCUAUUGGAUGUGGAUCAAGUUAUCAAUUAGGUCAGGGAUCAAGAAUCAAUGCUGAGGGGAGAUUUGUUCGUGUGCUUCAUCCAAAUGUUUCGAACAUUAGAAAACUUGCUUCUGGUUUUUCCUUAUCUGUGACGAUUGGAGAGUAA